AAAGUUUUAAUUGUGCAAUCAAUCAAUUAACGGGCGAAGCGCUGAAAGGUCCUUUUCACUCUCGCCGAGCAGGAGUCAAUGUCAUUUUUGUUCCGAUUUGAGUUGUGUUAAAGUUUAGGGAGUGCAGAUAUGUUGGGAAUGAUAAAAAACUCACUGUUCAGUCAGACUGAACACAGACCGUGUCACACUGUCAGCUCAGAAACCAAGGGAGAGCUGAGCUACGAGGAGAGGAAAUAUGAGCCAGGGAAAUACGCCAGUGUAACCAUCAGUGGAAAACCGUUCGAUGAAGGGUCGGGCGAAGGAGUGGUGAAGCUGCUCAAGUAUCUCGGAGGAAGCAAUGAAGAAGGUGUGCAGUUAGGAAUGACUGCUCCAGUCAGUAUGAAAGUCCAUCCACGUGAGGGCGGUGGCUUGCAGCCCACCAUUGAGGUCCAGGUUCGCCUUCCCAGCAAAUUCCAGGAGAACAUUCCCAAACCAACGGACGAAAGCAUCGAGAUCAAGCAUCUGGAGGGGUUCACCGUCUACUCAACGCAGUUUGGGGGCUACGCCAAGGAGGCCCAUUUCGUGGAGCACGCGGGAAAGCUGCAGGCAGCGCUGGGAGACGCGGCGCCCUACCACCGCGACGUCUACUUCUGCGUCGGCUACGACCCACCAAUGAAGCCCGUCGGCCGGAGGAAUGAAGUGUGGUUCCUGAAGAGGGAGGAGGGGGAGUCGAGCUCGCAGUGAGCGGGGACAUCCCAGGGACAUCGCGGCGGUCACUGAACAGGACGAGAGAAGCACCUCGCUGUGCUGACCUAAACCUCCCACCGGCCCACGUGUCCCUUGAUCCUUAUCUCUAUACCUUACUUUCCAGUAGCCCCUUCCCUCCUUCCCCCUUCUCGCUCUUUACUCCACCCCUCUUCCUUUCCCUCACUCUGUCCCUUCCCAAAGUGGACCCUUUGUUGCCUCCACCUAUCACCUCCCAGCCUCUGUCACUAUCUCCACCCCUCCCUCCCCCACCAUCUGCCCAUCAACCCCUCCUCACCUGGACCCACCCAUCUCUUGUCAGGUCUUGCCCCACCCCUUCCCCUCACCCCUCCAUCUCCAGGGGUAAGUUUUUUUUUACACAGUGGUGGGUGCGUGGAACACACUGCCUGUGGAGGUUGUGGGGGCAGAUACAUUAGGGACAUUUAAGAGCCUCUUAGCUAGGCACAUGAAUGAUAGAGAAAUGGGGGGCUAUGUUGGAGGGAAGGGUUAGAUAGAUCUUAGAGCAGGAUAAAAUGUUGGCACAACAUUGUGGGCCGAAGGGCCUGUACUGUGCUGUAGUGUUCUAUGUUCUAUCUACUCUUGCAGUCCAGAUGAAGGGUCUCAACCCGAAACGUCAACUGUCCAUUUCCCCCCACAGAUGCUGCCUGACCCACUGAGUUCCUCCAGCGUCUUGUGACUUGCCCCAGAUUCCAGCAUCUGCAGUCUCUUGUGUCUCAGUGUGGGCUCUCCUUUACUUCUGUUCCUUCCCUUUCAUAGCUCCACACUCUCCCAUUCCCUGCUCCAUUGCACUGACCCCUUUCUCAAAAUUGGGCAGCUCUACCCUCUGCCCAAGUGCUGGCUGCCAGCCAGGGGAUGUGCAGUGAGGGAGUAACAGCAUGAUUGCAGUCCUGCUCAGUCACUGUGUCCGUGUGUGCCUGUGCAGUGAGCUAGAAGCUGGAUUGGACCUUUUGUGGUGUGCUGGAUGUACAUGACGCUGGAUGUACAGGUUGUGAAGUUAAUUGGCUUCUGUAAACGAGGGGCUGCUGGAAGAAUCGGGGUGUUAAUGGGCACGUGUGAGCGAACGAGGAAAUAAGUGGGGAGUAUGCUGCAGACUUGAUGGGCAAGUUGCGAUGUAAGGAAAUAUCUCCUAAUAAGAGAAUAUCAUUGCGUUUAAUGUUGUAUCAAAUUGGGUCCCUCAAAAAAAGUUACGAAACUGGUCAAAAUCAAGUAAGAUAAGAUUUCUUUAUGUCACAUGUACAUCAAAACACACAGUGAAAUGCAUCUUUUGCGUCGAGUGUUCUGGGGGCAGCCCGCAAGUGUCGCCACGCUUCCGGCGCCAACACAGCACGCCCACAACUUCCUAACCCCUACGUCUUUGGAAUGUGGGAGGAAACCGGAGCACCCGGAGGAAACCCACGCAGACGCUGGGGGAACAUCCUUACAGACAGUGGCCGGAAUUGAACCCGGGUUGCUGGUGUUAUAAUAGCGUUAUGCUAACCGCUACACUACCGAGUGUUGGGGUGGCUCACACCAUAGGAAGCAUCAAAAUGCCCCCCUCCUGGACUCCAACACAGCCUCACUUCACUGCAGCUGCUGACACUCUGCACAGCAAUGGGAGAAGCCUGUCAGCCCUUAGGGGUACGUGCUCCUUGGCAGUGAUUGGAGGAGGGGGGAGCGCUCUGUGAUCCACACAGAGACACAACAAAGUGCUCCUCACUGAGAUCGAUCUCGGGAGGGAGAUGCUGCACGUUGGGAGAGGGUGGGUCUAGGAGACUCAUCAGGGCGGCUCUGAGCCUUGUAGAAGUGGGUUCAUGGAGAGUCAUGGAGUCUUACAACACAAAAACUGGCCCACUGGCGCUGCAGCAACUAUCGAGCACUAAUCUACAUUUAUCCUACACUAAUCCCAAUUCUUAUUCUCCCCACAUUCCCAUCAAUUCCACUCACCCACACACCAUGGAAAUUUACAGUGGUCAAUUAACUUACCAAUCUGUACGUCUUUGGGAUGUGGGAGAAAACCAGAGCACUCGGUGGGAAACCCACGCAGUCACAGGGAGAAGGUGCAAACUCCACACAGACAGAGCAGAGGUCAGGAUUGUGCCCUGGUACCUGGAGUUGUGAGGCAGUGGCUCUACCACUGUACUGCCCAGGAGUAAGAAUUUCUGGAAAAUGGAGCAACAGUGCAGAGAAUUUCAUGACCUCACAAGGGACGUCAAGGUGAGAUGCAGAGCACUGCCCUGUUGUACCAGCACUAAUCCAGACUACGCAAAUCAUUGCUCCCUCUAUACCCACCUCACUGACUACCCCCACACCCUCACCUGUCCAGUGACCUCUCACCUCGCACUCUCCAAACGUAGUAUAACGAGAAGGUCGUUCAAUGUCCUUUAUCUUCAGUUAAGUUAAAACAGCAAGCGAUAGGCAGGAAGCCAUGAACGUGGGAAGUAACGUAGAGCCCCUCCCCAGUGUAUCGGAGGGCACAAUUAUCCUCCUCAUAGGUAGUGAGGCCACUGAGAAGCAAACGUGUCGAGAAGUGAUUGUACGAAACGUUUGCUCAUUAACAAUGUUAUGUUGUGAUCACUAUUCCCCUUUUGAACUAAUCCACAGAAUAAACUAUUAUCAUAAUCA